AUGGUGACAAACUGGCAAUAGACUGGGCUCAGUUAUAUCUGACACCCCCAGAUCUGUGCAAAAGUGAUAAGAGUUGCACUGAAGACUGAAUUCAAAGCAAAUGCAGAACAAACUUCUGGCAGGUAUGUAAAAAUUGUGAAAGUGAAAAAGGAAGAUCUACCCUGACCAAAGUUUGAAAUGCUGUAUCUUCAAGGUGAAGAUGUGUGGGCACAUGUUAUAGCAGACUGAAAACAAUCUCACUUCAUGGAAAAAAAAAAAAAUACUGUUUUGUUCAAAGAUUGACACUGCCAAUAAGUUCAGGUAUGGUUUAAAAAAAGACUGACUAUAUGGGCAAGAUUAAAAAUUAUAGUAUUUAGUGAAAAAAUUACAAAUAACACAGCGUUUUUCUUUUCGAUAUAGAUGAUUGCUUUGAAAAGUUAAUAUGCUCUCUAGUUUAGUAGUUCUGCCAACUGGAUCUCAUUCCUGAUGCAUGUAAAAAGCCUAGGGUAUCUGAUAUUUGGGCAAAUGUAUCCUUCCCACAAUCUGACAUUUUUAAAGCUGAGAACUAUGAAGAAAUACUCCAAAAGCAGUAUCAGAAAGGACUCAAGGCAGAAUAUAAAAUAACAUUUUUCUU